UUUUAACGUAUAAAGUAUAAAGUCAAGUCAAAAGUCAAAAUUAUUAUUAACAAAAUGGCACUAAUGGGUAGUAUUGAACCUUUUAAUGCUAAAGUCGGUGACAUCACAUCGUGGAUUGAACGGUUAGAGCAACUGUUUACAUGUAAUGGAGUCAAUGUAGCAAAGAAAGUUUCAUUUUGAAUCACCUUUAUUGGGGGAGAAGGUUACAACAUUCUAAAGGAUCUGGUCGCACCUGAUUUACCGAGUGCAAAGGAAUAUUCUGAGUUAGUGGAAGUGUUAAAAGACCACUACUGUACGAAACGGUUGGUUAUAUCAGAACGGUUCAAAUUUAAUACAGCGGUGCAGGAGAGCAAUGAAUCGAUUACAUCGUUUACAGCUCGCUUGAAGAAGUUAUCCAAAACGUGUGAAUUUGGAACAUUUUUAGAUGAUGCGAUGCGCGACAGGUUUGUGUGUGGAAUUAAAGCUGACAAUAUUAAACAUAAGUUACUCACCGAAAGUAAGUUGGAUUUUAAGGGUGCGUAUAAAAUAGCAAUUAGCAUGGAGCUCGCGGAAGGUCAAGUUAAAGUCAUGGGUAGUGAGUCAAGUCAUGUCAAUAAAAUUUACCAAAAGUCACAUAAUUAUCCAAAAAAAGCUAAUCACAGUCAAAACACCUCCCGUAGUCAAGGUUCGAGCAAGUCACGUCCGGAUAAAGGAAGUCAAACAAAAUGCAAAAGAUGUUGCAGAAUGCAUUUUGAUGUGAACAAAUGUCCAGCCAUAAAUUGGAAAUGUUUUUCAUGUAAUCAAAUGGGACACACAGGGAAGUCGCAAAUGUGUAAGAACAAUAGAGUUAAUGAGGUGGAUGAAGACGAAGAGGAUGUCGGAUGCGGGUCGCAGUCUGAUGAGGAUUUCGAGUUAGGGUUGUUAACCGAAGAGUGCUCAAUUAGGACACUUAAAGUAAAUCAAACAGGAAUAUUAAAGGUAAAAGUAUGCAUUGAUGAACAAAGUGUGGAAAUGGAAGUGGAUUCUGGAGCAGUCAGGUCUGUAAUGCAUGAGCUAGAUUGGAAGCAACUUUUCAAUAAUUUAGCAUUAGCACCUGUAAAUUUUAAAUUAAGAGUAUUAACUGGUGAGAAGGCUAAGAUAUUAGGCCAAGUUUAUGUGCACGUCAAGUACUUAGGGAAAGUAUAUUAUUUACCAUUGGUCAUAUUAAGGUCAGAUAUAAAAUUUAUACCACUUUUAGGGCGAAAUUGGUUAGAUAUUUUAAAUAAUAAGUGGCGCGUGUCAAUGUUGGGUAGCCAUAUAGUUUCAGUAGGGAAUCAAUUACCUCAGUUAGGUAGUGUAAGUAUUUCUGAAUCUAAUAACGUCAAAUUGAAGAUGAUUACGUCUUUAAAGCAGAAGUAUAAUAGUCUUUUUCAAGAAGAGCCUAAUUCUUUCAUAAAAAAUUUCAAAGCUGAAUUUAAAAUUAAAGAAAAUUAUCAACCUAUUUUCCAUAGAGCUUAUGAAAUGCCAUUUGCAUUGAAACCUCAGGUCGAGGAGGAAUUAUCACGUAUGGUUAACUCUGGAGUCUUGUCUAAAGUUUCACACAGCAAUUGGGCAAGUCCAAUUGUUGUUGUACCUAAAAAGAAUGCUUCUGAGAUUAGAAUUUGUGUUGAUUUUAAGAAAACAUUAAAUCUAGCGAUUGACAGUGACCACUGUUUUCUGCCUUUACCUAGUGAUAUAUUUGCAACCUUGAGCGGCAGUGAAUUUUAUUGUGUUAUAGAUUUAAAAGGCGCUUAUCAACAAUUGCAAAUAAGUGAGUCAUCAAAAGAACUUUUUACAAUAAAUACUCAUAUUGGGUUAUUCAGAUUUAAUAGAUUAACUUAUGGAGUUAGUAGUGCUCCUGGAAUUUUUCAGUGUAUAAUGGAUGCAAUAUUAUCAGGUUUACCAAAGACUAAAUGUUAUCUGGAUGAUAUUUUGGUACAUGGUUCCAGUUUGAACGAAUGCUAUCAAAAUGUUGAAAAUGUGUUAAAUAGAUUGAAGGGGUAUAAUGUUAAAGUUAACGAAAGUAAAUGUCAAUUAUUUGAGACAUCUGUAGAAUUUCUAGGGCAUAAACUAGACAGAUUAGGAGUGCACCCCACUAAUGAAAAGAUAGAGUGUAUUCAAAAGGCACCUUCACCACAAAAUAUGACGCAAUUAAAAAGUUAUUUAGGAUUGUUAAAUUUUUAUGGAAAAUUUAUACCAAUGCUUUCGUCUAAACUUAAACCACUGUAUGAUCUUUGUAGGGAUAAUCAAGAAUUUAUUUGGUCAACUAAAUGCGAACAGUGCUUUCAAGAAAGUAAAAAUCUAUUAAUCGCUAAUAAUGUUUUAACUCAUUACGAUCCUACAGAGCCAAUAUACAUAACUUGUGAUGCUAGUGGAUAUGGUGUAGGAGCAGUUCUUAGUCACAAAAUUAAUAAUAUUGAUAAACCAGUUUUAUUUGCCUCAAGUACGUUAUCAGAGAAUGAAAAGAAAUAUUCCAAUUUAGAGAGAGAAAGUUUAGCUUUAAUUUUUGCAUUAAAAAAAUUUCAUAAGUACAUUUAUGGUAGACGUUUUACAUUAGUCACAGAUCAUCAACCACUUCAGUAUAUUUUUGGAAAAAAUAAAAGUAUACCUGUUACUGCAGCUGCGAGAAUUACUCGUUGGGCUAUUACAUUAUCUGCAUAUAAUUAUGACAUACAGUAUAAAAAAGGUAGUCAUAUUUCAAACGCUGAUGGGUUAUCGAGAUUACCGUUGAAUACUCGAACAGAGAUCUCAGAUGCAAUAUUUUCUUUUAGCUUGUCAUAUGAUCUUCCAAUAACUUUUGAAAAUAUAGCCAUAGCUACAAAAAAAGAUAUAAACUUAUCCAAAAUUGUAGAUUUUACUUUAUCGGGAUGGCCAAACACAUUGAAAGAUGAAAAUCUUAAAUCUUACUUUAAGAGAAAAUUAGAAUUUUCUGUAGAAAAUGGAUGUUUAUUGGUAGGAAACAAGGUCGUUAUUCCAAAAUCGCUACAAAAAGAGAUACUUCAAUUAUUUCAUGAACAACAUAUUGGAAUUGUACGAACAAAAAUGCUUAUUCGAUCAUACUGUUGGUGGCCUGGCAUCAAUGAGGAUGUAGAGCAAUUUAUAAAAUCAUGUGACGUAUGUCAAGCAACUCAAAAUUUUACCAAUGACAAAUCAGUCCUUUUACCGUGGCCAACAGCACCUAAUAAUUUUUAUAGGGUACAUAUCGAUUUUUUUAAAUCAAAUAAUGCGACAUUUUUGAUUUUGGUAGAUGAUAAAUCAGGUUGGUGCGAAGUUAAACUUAUGGAUCGUGGCACAAACAUUCAUGAAACUAUCCUAAAAUUAAAACAAAUUUUUUCAGUGUUUGGGUUACCAGUUGAACUUGUAUCGGACAAUGGUCCACCUUUUGGCAAUUCAUAUGACUUUACUUCUUUCUGUCAUUCAAACGGAAUUAGAUUCAUUAGAAUUCCGCCAAAACACCCUGAAAGUAACGGUCUUGGAGAAAAAGGAGUUCAAACUAUAAAGAAAGGGUUGCAAAGGUCAUUAUUUAAAGGAGGAGAACAGGUAGUUACCAUUGCAAUGAUGUUGAAUAAAUUAGAAAACUUUUUAUUUGUACAUAGAAAUACACCUAACACCAGCACAGGUUUGUCACCUGCUGAAUGUAUUUUUAAAAUUCGUCCUCGAACAAGGUUUGACUUAUUAAAACCAUGGUCAAAAAAACAAAAACCUCUUCAACAAGACGUUAUAAAUAAAAUCAGAUUAUAUUCAGAAAAUGAUAUUGUCUAUGUCAAAAAUAAGUAUAACAAACAAUGGGAAAAAGGAAAAAUUGUACGAUGCAUGAGUUAUAGCACAUAUCUUGUUCAAAUAGAUGAUAAUAUCAAAUUGUAUCACAUAAAUGAUAUCAGGAAGUGUCAAUCAGUGCGUGAGUUUGAUAAAAAUGAUAGUGUACAAGAACAACCUCCGCUUACAGAAAUUAAUGACUUUACUAAUCUUAGUGUAGAACGUAGUAAUGUUCAACUUCCUAUUGAUCACAAUCAAGAUGAGCCAAAGGUUGAAGAAGUACCACGUCUCUCUCGUAACAUUCAAGAAUCGAGUACCAAUCCAGUAGUCACUCAUAAUCCUGUGAGUCAUGGUACUCCAGCAACCCAAUCAACCACUAGAUCUGGAAGAAUUGUAAAACCUCCUCAAAAGCUGGAUUUGUAACUUUUAUUAAAAAAAGGGGAGAAAUGCAAUGUAUUACUGUAAGUUAGGCAACACUGUUAGCGGUAGAGUAGUUUUAGAAUAGUCAAGAUGGCCGAUGUCAACGAGGUCGUUGUGUCUUUGUGUUAACAAAUAUAUCAGUAAAAUAUUA